GGCGUGUGGGAGUUGGAUCUCUGUGUGCGGUGAUAGCUAUGGAUGGUGGCAGUUUCACCUCGCAGUUGUACAGCGAAUCGGGAGGGUCGCAGGGCGUGGAAGUGUGUGAGGACAUGAACGUGCAUUUGGAAAGCAACAGAUACCGGGCGAGCCUGUCGGCAACGACAUGGCAAUACGUGCCGGACUCUCAAUUGUCCGGUGACACACGAUCGCAGUUCGUGGCACGAGCCGCGGACCCCCGGGCCGCUUACAUCGUGGGGUCGAUGGACUCAUCAUCGUCCUUUGGCCGGGGGACGUACCCGCCGCAGUCGCAACCUCGCGGCACGCAGCCAUCCAUAGGUGGAACUGCCUUCCAUUCUCCGCAACCAUACGCUGGAAGGGGGGGAUCUUCAAGGACGAACGCGGGGGCGUGGGGGAGUAAUCCGCAGCAGUCGUCGCAACCAUCAUCACACCGGCCGCAAUGUAUGCCGCCUUUAGCGCAGCCUGUUGUCAGCCGCGGCGUUGUGGGUGGUGGCGAGACCUUUGUGAAUGGCAGGUCAUCUCCGGUUGAUCAGGGCUACCGACAACAAACUCCAAUGGGGCCGGGUACCAUUCGAUACGACGAUGGAGGUGCAACUGCCCCUACGCCAGGUGGAGGUGAUCGCCAGCGGGGUAGUGCAAGCCGGGGAGUCCAUACACCACCAUCGGGUAAUUGUCGAUCAAGGGACGGUGAAAGACUGUCCUUUUCGCAUCCGACUGUUGGUGUGGACAGUGUUCCAAGUGAACGACAAGGGCGAAACGUGUCAAACACAGGUGGAACACAAGACACAAGUGCGAGAAGUCGAGAAUGCAGCGUGGAGGACGACGGAAGUGGUCGACCGCCGAAAGAAGGUGGUGCUGGAGAGCGGAAAAAGGGGGGGAAGUCCACGACGGUGCCGAAGAAGAACACCCUGUGGACUCUAGAGGAGCGAGUGUUGUUGGCGAAAAUCAGCGGCGAGGACGAUGCUCUCAUGGCUGAUGCAGAAGGAGUUCAUUCACUCAUGACAAGGGGCAGGCGUUACGAUUGGAUAGCGGACCGCAUGAAGGAGAACGCAUUUGCACGCACAGGAGAAGAUUGCCGAAAGAAAUGGACGGAGCUGCAAAAAAAGGUUCGAGAAAUAAGGGAUGCAUGCGAUGGAUCGGACAAACAGCCAUACUGGGAUCUAACAACGGAGGCGAGAAAGAAAUUGAACAUCCCCAUGACUUUCGAGCGGCCGUUGUGGGAUGCAAUGGAGUGGUACCGCCUGAAGGCUGCUUUCACCAUGGACAACACAAUGGCGUCUGAGGAAUUGAGAGGGAUGGGUUCUGCAACUGCCAGCGAGGCGGGGUCAGAGGGCGGGGGAACAGAGACUUCAGGUGGCGCACCGAAGACUCGGAGGACGGACUCUGGGAAAGUUUGUGGUUCCGAUGUCGGGCAAGGUGUGUCGGCGAUGGCGGUGGCUAUGGAGGACACGAGCCGAAGACUAUGCAAAGGUCUAGACACGGCUGUUGGGACGUUGGCUUCGGCUACCACAGAAGGGGCCGCUUUGAUGGCGGCACGGCUGGGCGACAUGGCAACGGAGAUCGGCCACGUCGCGGGGGCAAUGCGGCAGGGAACUCCGUUUUGGAGUUGCUCGUGGGUGUGAUGGCAGGUAGACGUGGCGGACAACCUGCCGGGGAACAAGGGGGGCGGGGGGGGGGUGACAUGAGCGGUGACAAGGAGCGGCGAAAUCAUAGCCAGGCAAGGUCGGAUGGGAGGGUUGUUUGGGCUGGGGUUCCACCAUGGCCGCGGAUGGGAGUCUGGAUUUUAGGGACAAGACAGCAACACCCCGCACGCUACAUGGGGAUAACACCGAUCCUCAGGAAAAAAAAAUAAAAAACAAUAAAAUCG